UUUCCCUGUAUGUACUGCGUGAACGUUGUAGAGAUAGAACUACAUUCAAGUGGGAUGCGAUGGUCUUGCAAUACUAUUUCAUCACUUCACUGUUGCUUCUAUCACUAUCUGGCAGGGCUCAUUUGUCCUCUGAUGGAUUACAAUGGCUGAAUGUUUCCAAUGCCCUUGAGAGAGGAGCACUCUGUAAUGACUUCUCUACAGCUGGAUACUUUGUUCGCACUCAAUAUUCACCAAACAAAUCAACUAUGUCGAGGGGGUGGAUAAUUUAUCUCGAGAGUGGGGGAGGAUGUACUACACCCGAGUCUUGCAAUACCAGAUUCAUCCAUCAGCCCGUUCGUAACAAUUAUACAAGCACAAAAAACAAAACACUUUUUGUUGAUGUUCAACAGGCUUGGGCUGACAACAGGGAUAAUCCCUUAGCUGUAACUUCAAGGCUAAUGACCUCUCUUUGGAGAUUCUCCGAGGAUUCUAGACGUGAUGAAAGUACCUGGAUGGUUGACGGGAGAGGAAUUCUAUCAACUGACCAAAUUGAGAAUCCAGACUUUUAUGACUACAAUCAUGUAGUGGUUCCGUACUGUAGCAGUGAUCUAUGGUUGAAGAAAACAAAAGAAUUCAUCAUUGCAAAGAACAACAGUUUUCGCUUUCAUUUUGACCCGAAUGCAAAAGACCACCAAUUCACAUUUCGUGGAGCAGCCAUCUUCGUGAGUGUCAUUGAAGAUCUCUUUGAACAACAUGGUCUCAGCAGCGCAAUAGAUGUGAUUCUUGUAGGUAGUAGUGCAGGGGGAAUUGGAGCCAUGAAUCAUGCCCCUUGGCUGAGGAAUCAGCUCCAUAUCAGGGCAGGACCACACAUUACAGUCUACUGUUUGAUGGACUCCUCUUGGUUUAUUGACUUCAGAGGCAGUAUUCGAGAUCAAUUUGCCCCAGAUGAAAUACUACCUCUUAUCGAAACAGGUGAAGUUGUGGACUCUUGUCGUGAUGUAUCCGAUGAUCCAAGUGUGUGUAUAUCGUCACUCUAUUUCCUCACUCACUACAAGGACCUUCUGAAAGACAUUCCAACAUUUGCUCUGUUCAGUCGAUAUGACUUGUAUCUUCUCAUAAGCUCACUGCAGCAUGUGGACAUGGACAUUUUAGAAAUCAUGCGAAUAGUCUCAGAAUACAGCGGCAGCAUGAAUGCCUCCCUGUCUGCUGUUGCUACCGAGGUGCCAAACCUGAGUUACUAUGUCACUUCAUGCUUCCAACAUGUGUAUUUGGCGACAUCUACGCUGUGGGGAGAGGGCGGAGUACUAGGUACUGCUGGGAUUGAUGGGGAGUUGGAGAACAACCGAUUUGGGCACAUAAUUUCAAGUGAGGUGUGGACAAAAUUCCACCUGGAGCAUCUGAACACUUCUCUGGUGUUGGAACACAUUAGCAUUCAGAAAGCAAUCCAUUACUGGCUUGAGGCUGUGAAAUCAGGACUUAGUGUGAGGUACCAUGACCAAUGCAGUGGCCCUCAUUGCAAUGUGCAGUGCCCAGAGACAAUUGUACUGGGGGAGAAUACACCCUACUGGGAGGUGGAGGCCCAAGCAGUUCUUCUGGCCAUUGUGGUGUUUGUGUCUCUGUCCUGUGUGGUAAUGAAGGUACUGUUGAGUGUGAGGGCAUACUACCACAGUCGCAAUCAAAAGCAGUUUGUGGAGUGGAACCGUAAGGGGCUGGGUGACAAUUCAGAGUCAGCUCUGCCGCAAUGCAAGGACAUUGAUGCCAUUUCUGUUGCCUGUCUCAAUCUCAGGUACUCAGUCACAGUGAAACAGAUGGAUCUGAAAAAGGUAUCUUCUCCAGCUCAGCGCAAGCGACUCCUUUCCCUAGCAGCUGCUGACAGUGAGUCUGGGAGGAUGUCGAGGUGUGAGGCUGGUGAGGAUGAGAUGCAGCAGCUGGACUCAGACUCUGAGGCAGAUCUGACACCAACUACUGAGACUGAAGAGAACGAUUUUGCCAAAAGCGUAAAACAGUUUCAGCAGAUGCAUCACAAUAACAAAAACAAGCAAAAAGGACGAUUCAAAGGUAGUCUACAUGGUAACGAGUCGUCAAGAAAAAAACGCAAGAAGGUUAUUCUUAAAGGGAUCACAACGUACUUCAAUCCUGGAGAGUUGGUGGCUAUUAUGGGCCCCUCAGGUUGUGGUAAGACUACUUUCCUGGACUUACUAGCUGGUAGGAGAAGUGGACGAGACAAUUACCAGGGUGAGAUCUACAUAAAUGGCAUCUCAAUGGAUGAGAUUCGUGACUGGUAUGUGGCUAACACUGGGUACGUCCUCCAGUUGGCAAUGCCCUAUUAUGAGGAGCUCACUGUGAGAGAAAACGUGACACUGGCUGCUCAGAUAAGACUUCCAAAGAGUUUGUCUGUGGAGGAACGAUUUGAGAGGGUGGAACAGGUCAUGAGAGAGACUGGUCUCUACUCAUUGGCAUCUACCGUGGUGGGUGGUGUCACCGGUCCAGGACUCAGUGGAGGUCAGAAGAGACGACUAUGUGUAGCUCUUCAACUGAUCAACAUGCCCAGCCUCAUUUUUUUAGAUGAACCAACAUCAGGUCUUGAUGCAACCUCCUCACUGGAACUUUUAUCUCAUCUGCACCGAGUGGCCAGCUCCAACAGAGCAGUAGUCCUCACCAUCCACCAGCCACGACUUGAGAUAUUUCAUAUGUUCGAUAAAGUUAUUCUACUCUGUCAGGGACAGAUAGCAUACCAUGGGAUUCCAGACAAAGCGUAUGAGGUGUUCCUAGAGGCUAACCAAGCCGAGGGCAAAAAAGUGGACUCGCUAAAGUCCAAAAACCCUGCUGAUGCCAUCAUGGAUAUGCUGGGUAGUGAAGAAUCUCGUGCAUCCAUCUUGUCCUACUACCAGACAAGUGACGAGCCAGAGGCAGUGGAGAAUGCUAUAGAGGAGGUCCGCAAUGUGGGUAGGGAGAGUGUCUCCAGUAGACAGGUCUGGGCACAGCGGCCGCAACAGGAGUCUGGUGUCCUGAAUCGAUUGUCUUGCCUGGAGACCCGUGCCUCAAUGAGAGCUGGUCUGGGACAGGUACUUUACUUGCCCCUCAUCUUCAUCGUCUAUGGCCUUCUACUAGGCACGGUGUAUAUCCAGACCACCAAUCCCACGUUUAUUUUGUCUGGUUAUGGAGUGUUCAGCUGUGCCAGUGGUCUCUUCAUGUUCCCCAUCGUCUACACCUAUCUUUACAGGGCUUUAGAGAUAUUCUCACUGGAGUAUUCUGAUGGUGUGGGCAGUCCCAUUGAGUUAGUACUACAAACUUUCCUACGAUUUACGUCCUUGGCCCUCCUCCCUAAUUUGGUCUGCUCCACAGCCAUCUACUUCCUGGCGGUACCGUACUCCAAAUACGACCCUUGGGUGUUUUCUCAGAUCACAACUAUUGCCAUCUCCAUUAACCAUACCUGGAUUGCUUUGGUGAUAUUUGUUCUUACUGCACAACCAGGGUUUGCUCACAGGAUAUCUCCAGUGCUCAGUGCCAUCGCUGGCUUUGCUGGGGGCUUCUUUGUACCCCCUAAACUCAUGCCCCCCUGGUACAGUUGGUUAUUCUAUAUCAACCCAAAUUACUAUGGGUUCUCUGCAAUGGCUCGGAUUCUGCUCCAAGAAAUUGAACUGGGCUGCCAGUACCAGUCCCCCAUAGAGUGCUAUCCCUCCUCCAGUGCCUACAUCCUCACCUACUUUGACCUGCACACUAUAAACCCUUACCUUAAUCUAUUGGUGCUGCUUACAAUGACCGCUAUUUUCCUAGGGCUAGCUUGGCUUUCUCUUUCCUACAGACAUUCUUACAUUAUGUCUCAUUUCAAGAAACUUUUCGCCAAAAAGAACAAAAGCUCUACUAGCUCAACAACCAGUAAAUACAAUCAUCCCAAAGAUAUUCUCACUCCCAGCCUCUCCAUGGAAUCCAUCACUCUCAACCAAGACAACAUUACCGAAGAGUUCAAGAAGGUCACCAUACAGCCUGUUAGGAGACUCUCCCUCUCAACUAGUGAUCUCAGUGUUGAUGAGGUUGGAAUAAUGACUGAGAACAGGAGAUUUCGACUACGAAACAGAAUAACUGUCUCUCGCAUGCUUCAAGAUGGAGAAAAGCAUCAAGUGUGGACUCCUGGAAAUAUUAGCCCUACCAAGACAGCAUCACAGUCAUCUCAGGCUUCUCUUGAGGAGCGCCGAAGGACACUCUUUCAGAGGAUUAAAACGGUCCGUAGUAAUUCCAAUAAUAAUCAGCCCAAGCACCCCCCCAAAAAGGGUGCCCUGAAUGUCCCGUGUAGGGACAAUAUUGCUCGACGAAUUGCUCAGUGGAAGAAGAUUGAGGAAGAGGCAAGGAAACUUAAAGAAGAGGACAGUGAACCAUAUUCUUCACCCAUGUCUCCACUCAUGUCGUCUGCGUAUCUUAACUCGAAUAAACUCCCAAAGGGUCCUGAAGUUAGCACUGAAAAGACUGCCUCUUGUCAAACAUUGGGGAUACGGAAUCAUGUUGCCUCUGUGAAUGGUAUCGGCAAAUUGCCGUCUGAAAAAGCACAUAAACAAUUAGCUGUUGAAUCAACGCUAUCUCAACCUAACCAAGCGCAGUAUUUCAUCUUUCCUGAAGUUCUGGGAGAGCUGACAACCAAGGACAGUCAUUGUGUAGACACUCCCGAUACUGGUGGUGCCCGAAACUUAAGCGCAUCAUCUGGGACCAACUCUAUACCUUUGUUUCAUAUGCACAAUGUAUUAAACGUUCAAACACCUCAGGGCAUAAUCACCUCCACUCAAUCUCCACAUCCUGUAAAGACUCUGCCCGCCCACACAGGACAAACGGAACACACAGUUACUAACAACCUAUAUACAGUUCCGGGGUCCCCAUUGGUUUUCACUGUUCCACCUCAGGAGACAAGACGUCACAGAAGCAAUUGUACCCCUGUAAUGGACUCUAUCAUUGAAGAAACCAGUAGCGAAGCUUCUUCGCCAAGUAACAGUCUGUCUGAAUCGAGAGUUCUUCCACUGAUGGAAAACGAAGAGAUUGACAUGGAGGAGAGGAGCAGUGAAGACUGUGGUAAAUUGAGCUCAAAUGGAGUACAAAUCACACCUUUUAAGAGAGAAGAAAUCGGCACCAAUGAUCAUGAUGAAAAAACCCAUCUAGACCACUUCAUUGAUUCCAACAGCUGUUUUAACUCUAAAUCUGCACUUUGUUCGAUGGGAUGUAUUCCACACACUAUCCAAGAUAUUAUCACUACUGUGGAAAAAGCACAUCAAGAUGACACCAUACGAUCAAGCCACAUCACUGAUAGGAACAAAAAAGCAGUCAUGGCAAUACGUCAAGACAAUGUACCAAUUCCUGAACACAAUACUGAUUCAGAAUCUCACAUUUUGAGCUUUCCAUUCACUCUAGAAAAAAUGAGCAGAACGUUGGAAAAAUCUUCUAUAUUGCAGUUAAAAGAAGGCCUGCAUUUGAGAAACUCAUCUCCUAGCGAAAGCAGAAAACAUAGUGAAAAACACAACAAAGUGCAGCCACAACAAAGGCAGCCACUGGCCCUCAGCCUUCACAAAAGAGUAACCACCUCAAACCCGUCUACUCAGGAAGUAACGAAACCUCAAAGAGGAAAUAUUGGCACUGGACUGAAAACCCAGGAAACGUACCACACAAAGCACAACAUUAAUCUCAAGCCAAUUCCUGUUUCCAGUCCUACCAACAAUCUUGUGAUCCCGUCUCCCAGACAAAGCAACUUUCAAAAUGAUGCUGGUGAAAUUUAUCAGCAAACAAAUGACUUUACCACUACUCAGUUGAUUUAUGUGGCCAGAUCCCCCACAAGCCAGUCUAACGAUGUUAAAACUCAACCAGAGGACGUCUCACACAUCCACUACCAACAAACUGACUUUUAAUUCUUCAUUGACCAUUGCUUCAUUAAUUUUAAGUUACUGCAAUAAUUAGAUUAUUACACAGCCAUAUUUACCAUAAUAAUUAUUAUUACAGCCUGUUUUUCUCAUUAUACUACAUACAUGUACAUGCAUGUAAAAUUAAUGUGCAUGUAAUUGCUUGCAUGGCUUGAAAUACAUAGUGAUAACAUUAUUCAGAGAUUAAAAUUAUUUUGUUGACAGUUGACUUUAAUUAAAUUGUACAAUUAGCCAUGUAAAAGUCAAUGGUAUAAUGAAUGA